CGCCACGAAAGUUCACAUUUUUUUUGUGAAAAUUUCGGCAUAUUUAGCUAAAACACAAAUUAAAUUGCCAAUAUGACUACCUUAAGGCCCUUCACCUGUAACGAUAUGUUCAAAUUCAAUAAAGUGAAUCUCGACCCCUUGACCGAAACCUACUGCCUGUCGUUCUAUAUGCAGUACCUGGCCCACUGGCCAGAGUACUUCCAGGUGGCCGAAUCGCCAAGUGGUGAGAUUAUGGGUUACAUCAUGGGCAAGGCUGCUGGUCACGGGGAAAACUGGCACGGUCACGUUACAGCUCUAACCGUUUCGCCGGAUUACCGCCGUUUGGGACUGGCCGCUACGCUGAUGAACUUCCUGGAGGACGUGUCGGAGAAGAAACGGUGCUACUUUGUGGACCUAUUCGUGAGGGUUAGCAACAAGGUGGCCAUCGAUAUGUACACCAAGCUGGGAUACAUUGUCUAUCGGACGGUGCUGGAAUACUACGUGGGCGAUCCGGAUGAGGAUGCGUACGAUAUGAGGAAGGCUUGCUCGAGGGACGUCCAUCGAAAGUCAGUUAUCCCGCUGACGCAUCCCGUUCGACCGGACGAGGUGGACUGAUAGUAGGACAGUGGACAGUAGAAUCGUGCAAACAUAUUAUUUGAAUGAAAAAAAAAAAA